AUGGAGCUCAAGUGCCUUUUGAUGUGGCUCUUGUUUGGAUCCGUCAAGGAAGACAAGACAGAAAAAUGCCCAGCUCUUCCAACAAUUGAGUUUGCUGAUAGUACUGCUGAAACAUAUCAACUGGGAACCAGACUGUAUUAUGAAUGUGACAGGGGCUACAAGAGAAGGAGUGGCCAACACUCAGUAAUUCGGUGUCAGAGUGCAAAGCACGGUGCUUCUUGGGACUACAAGGAAUUCGAAUGCAUUGCAAAUCUAACUUUUCCCACAGAUGAGAAAACUUUGUUGUCAACAGCUCCCACCACAAAGUCAGUUUUCACUCAGAAGCCAGAGAGAAAAACACCACAGAAGCAAGAAAACUUUUUGGGGUUUGAGCAGAAAGAUUUGUGUGGUCCUCCCAGGACUAUUCCACAUGCCUCUUUAAGUGUGAACAGAAAGUAUUACGUGGGGCAAGUGCUGCAUUUCAAAUGCCAGAGCGGUUAUGAUAAGCAACCCCCCACCUCUGGCACCCGCAUGUGCAAGAAGAAAAAUGGCAAAAUCAUCUGGACCCACCUGGACAUGAGAUGCACCAACAACACCAAUGAGUGGCCACCACAGACUAACAAGCUAGUUUCGACUCAUCCAUCCUUCUCCUCAUCUGUGAUGCUGCCAGUGACAGCAAUCUCUUUCAUUCUGUUCAUCAUCCCUGCUGUCUUCAUGUGA